AUGGCGAAAAUGCAUUUGAAGCUAGUAGCAGUGCUCGUGGUUUUGGCCUCACCGGCGGUUCUAGCCGGCGAUUCGACGCCGAUUCCGGAGGACAGAGCAGAAGUGGAGGAAUGGUUCAAGGCCAACGUCGCACCGUUGGCUCACAGAAAUGCCACGUUGGAUCCCGCCCUCGUCGCCGCCGAGGCUGCUCCACGUGUCAUCACGGUGAGUAAGAAUGGAGACGGCGAUUUCAAGACGUUGAAGGCGGCGAUAAAAAGCAUUCCGAAAGGGAACCAAGAGCGAGUGAUAAUCAAGAUGGGUCCCGGAGAAUACAGAGAGAAGGUUACGAUCGACCGGAACAAACCUUUCAUCACGUUGUACGGACGACCUGAUGCCAUGCCCGUUUUGACGUACCACGGAACAGCCGCCAAGUACGGAACCGUAGACAGUGCUUCGCUUAUCGUCCUGUCUGAUUACUUCAUGGCCGUCAAUAUCAUCCUCAAGAAUUCAGCUCCGAUGCCAGAUGGAAAGAUGAAAGGGGCACAAGCUUUGGCAAUGAGGAUAUCUGGAAACAAAGCAGCAUUCUACAACUGCGAAUUCCACGGUUUCCAAGACACACUCUGUGACGAUAUUGGAUACCAUUUCUUCAAAGACUGUUACAUCGAAGGAACGUUCGAUUUCAUCUUCGGAAGUGGAACUUCUAUAUACCUGAACACACAGCUGAACGUUGUGGGAAAUGGGAUGAGAGUGAUUACGGCACAAGCCGGCAAGACCAUAGCCGACCCGAGUGGAUACUCGUUCGUACACUGUAGAGUGACCGGGACAGGAUCCGAAAUCUACUUGGGUCGGGCCUGGAUGUCUCAUCCGAAGGUCGUUUAUGCUUAUACCGAGAUGACAAGUGCCCUUAACCCGACCGGUUGGCAACUGAACAGCGAGCCGGACCGUGACAGUAGUGUGUAUUACGGAGAAUACAAGUGUUACGGACCAGGAUCUAACACUGAGGAGCGCGUGGCUUCCACGCGGAGCUUGGACUCGAACGAGGCCGCUCGUUUCUUGACGCUUGGUUACAUUCAGGGUUCUAAGUGGCUGCUCCCUCCUCCUGCUCUAUAA